AGGUAGGAAGGAAGGAGAGAGAGAGCGGGGCCGGGCAGGGCCCGGGCAAGCACAGACAUGAAUGAAUGAACAAUAAAACACACUGAAUAAAACGCAGCCGGGCCGCAGCAACAGCAGCGGGGGCGACUCCGCCCCGAAUAUAAACUAAAAAGAGCAGCGUCUCCCGGGCCGGAGCCUCGGCGGGGAGGGGAAAGGAGUAGAUAGAAAUCGGCCGCCGAAGGAAGCGGGGGCAGGCCGCCCGCCAGGCGAGGCUCGGCGCCCAGCCCGUGCCCGCUGCGGGCCAGCCGGCCAUGACAAUGAAGCCGGGCGGGGAGGCCGAGAGGCGGGCGGCGGCCAGCGAGCAGGACGGAGGAGAAGCGUUGGGAUCAGGCGGCGAGAACCCGACCAAAGGCGGCCGCAAGGUGAACGGCAGCGAGCAUGGCAAAGCGACGAAGGGUGUCCGGGCGACCUGGUCUCGGGCGGCCGUGCCGGGAGGAGAGAGCGGCGGGCCGGGCGAAGGCAACGCUGCCGUCCCCGGCUUGGAGGCCUUGCACUGGGGCAAAGUGAGGAAACAGCAGCAGCAGCAGCAACAACUACAACUGAUGCAGCAGCAGCAGCAACCGCCGUCGUCGCAGCAACAACAGCCGCCGCUGCAGCAGGGCCCGAGUCAGAGCGCCCGCCUCAAGCAGAUCGUCCUGCUGCAGCUCGACCUGAUCGAGCAGCAACAACAACAGCUCCAGCUCAAGGAGAGGGAGAUCGACGAGCUGAAGGCGGAGAAAGAGACGCUUCUGGCUCGUCUUGAGCGCAUGGAAAGGAGGAUGCAGCUGGUGAAAAAAGAGAAUGAUAAGGACAAGCAUCAGUUUGUUCCAGUGGUGGAUGGGAAUGAGGAGAAGAAUGCAUCAGAACAAGAGAAAAUCCAGCCAGAAUAUCAACAGAUGGCCCCUGAUCAACCUCUGACUAUGACACAGAGUAAUCAAACAGAAACACAUACUGGGAAGGGUUAUAAAAGGAAAUCUGCACUUGGAACAACAGAAAGGAAAGCAUCAGUGAAAAAGCUUGCGGCUGAAUUCUCAAGAGUACGGACGAAACAGGCCAAAUCGGCUCACCUCCGACAGGCCUCGAGCAGCCACUUACCCGACAAAGUUUCAAAACGAGAACUGCGAAGUAAAGAAACUCCAGAGAAAUCUAAAUCUCAGACUGAGGGGGUCCACAAACCAUCAAGCAGCAUAAAGACUCCAGGUCAUCCAACCAGUAAAGACCAGUCCAUAUAUAAUGACAUAGAAGAGGAACCGUACCUCUGUACCACUGAGAUGUACCUAUGUCGGUGGCAUCAGCGACCACCUUCCCCUCUUCGAGAACCUUCACCCAAGAAGGAAGAAACUGUAGCAAUACCAUCUUGGAAAGAGCACUCGGCAGAACCUCUCGCAGACCUACCACCUGAAGAUGUAAUUGAGAACUUGGAUGAUUGUGCGUUUACGAAACGACAUGCAAAACUUGAGCUCGAUGAAAAAAGAAGGAAAAGGUGGGAUAUUCAGCGGAUCAGAGAACAAAGGCUCCUGCAACGUUUGCAACUGCGGAUGUACAAAAAGAAAGGAAUUCAGGAAUCGGAGCCUGAAAUCCUGUCGUUUUUCCCUGAACCAGACGAUGUGGAAUCUCUGGUCAUUACCCCAUUUCUACCCGUGGUGGCUUUUGGCAGACCUCUACCAAAGUUAUCACAACAGAACUUUGAAUUACCUUGGUUGGAUGAACGCAGCAGGUGCAGGAUAGACAUACAGAAAAAACAGACGCCACAUCGGACAUGCCGCAAAUAAACGUUUUUGGACAGAAAUCUUGCAUACUGUCCGUGUUAUAAACUGUACUGCAAAUCAGCACUUAGGAUGCCAACCGGCAGAAACCUCUCGGGUGGUCUGAAGGACCAUCUAUCUGCCCGAGGAUCUUAUUCAGUGUUUAUAUUGAUGUUUGUAAUUAAUCGUCGCUACACCAAUAACUGAUUAGUCUCAUUUCUUGCCUUUAUACUUUUGCUUCUUUUACCGAAGUGAAAAACUAUUACUUUUGGUUUUUUGUCCAUUGAAUUUGAACAGUGCGUUUUUUGGUCUGUUUUGCAAAGUUGACCAUGUACAGAAAAAAAUGGAGAACUUGUACAGAAUCUUGCACCUUUUUUAAAAAAAACUGUUUAUGUUAUGUAUAGAUUUUGCAAGCAGCCCUGUUUUUUUUGAAUUUUUUUUUUGACCCAAAUAAUACCUGAUUCAACAUGUUGACUAGGACACUCUUAACCUGGUUUCCUACAUACGUUUAUUGAAGGCGAGGUUCAAAUCUGGUAAUCUGGGGGCAGCAUUGCCAGAUUGCUGUUCCUGCUAAUCACUGAAAUCUGGGCUGGAAGAUGGGUUCAGUGGAAGAUAUAAACAUCUAUCUUCUCAUCUUUGGCUAUAAAUAGCCCUUUCUUUUAGAACCCCCCCCCUGUUGAGAUUCAGCCCAGGGCUAGAGAAGGCAGUAUCUUGUGGCAACGGGUUCGUCUGUUUGAUCCCAAGGGUCAUGUCGGAUUUGAAGUUGCUCAAACACCAGCCAUGGUCUCGGGAGCAAACAAUGGGAGGAUUUGUUGCAACGGGAGGGGUGGGAAAGGGAUAGGGGAUGGUAAUGAGAGAGCGCAGCAGGUGGAUCACAAUAGACACACCCUAGUGGUAACAAAUAAAAUGGGAAAAGCUUGUUGGUUUUGGCUUUGCCUAACUGACCUGAGGUCUGCCAUAGGAGGCAAUGCCAUGAAUCGCUUUGAUCCGUGCCAUGCCCAGCCUGUGUUUAAUAAAUCACAGACCUCUGAGACUUUUACUCCAGUACUACCUACUUGUGCUGAGAGGGGAAAAUAAUGAGAGGCAAGCCAUGAAGGAAGAUUUCUGUGUAGUUCGAGUUCGAAAAAAAUCUCUCCAGUUUGAAUGUUGUAACAUGUUUUGGUGAAUGCAAAAAAAAUAAAGAUGGCAGGUAACUUCUGUACUUCA